ACUUGUAAUUAGAAAGAAAGUUGACCCCGUGGUGCUGCGCAGAGAAAUACACAAACUGACGUGACUGCACCCUGCUGCACCAGACAGCCCCCGAGACAGCAAGGCAUGUAAAGAAACUAACCCACCUGACCAUCAGAGUCCUCCACCAUAAUGUCCCCUUCAGUCUGUUGACGCUGACGGCUUCCCUGACUCUGUGCAAAGGGAGGCAGCUGGAAGCUAGCUAGCUAGCUAGCAUGCAGCACUGGCCCAGUGUCUCCAGGAGGCGGCGCUGCUGAGAGGCGAGCGGUCGGUGCGGAGUGUUGGUGCCUGCCGAGCCGGCCAUGGAUGACUUCAACACCAGGACGUACGGCACCAGCGGCAUGGACAACAGACCACUGUUUGGGGAGACCUCAGCACGGGAUCGAAUCAUCAACCUGGCAGUGGGGGGAUUCACGUCUCUGGUUGUUUUAGUGACUGUUAUCAGUUCUUUUGUGUUCCCCUCAUUGCCUCCACGACCGCUCAAUGUCUUCUUUGCCGUGUGCAUCCUGUUAGCAUGUGGAUCUGCUUUAGUGCUGAUAUUCUGGUACCGGCAGGGCGACCUGGAGCCUAAAUUCAGGAAUCUGAUCUACUACAUGCUGGCGUCCAUCUUGCUGCUGUGUCUAUGUGCCAACCUCUACUUCCACGAUGUCAGGUAAAGACGAGGAGGAGGAGGAGGAGGAGGAGGAGGAAAAGGAGGAGGAAGAAGGGAAGACAUGGCCUUGACACAUGGAAGGACUACAUGGAGAGACAGACUCAACACACACUAACUUGACUCAAUUCCCUGCCUGACCGGCAGCAAACUGAAGAUUUCUUGGACCAAAACCAGUGACACGUAAUGGUUCCAGUGGGAUGAAAACAGUCCAGACUUGUUGGUGCUGAAACCUAAUGCACAGCACAAACACACACAAGGUCACAGUGUAGAAAUCAUGAUGCACUGCUAGAGGCCAUAAAUCUGCCUGGAGACACACUGCCGGAGGAUGAAACAGGUGUGUUUACACUCGUAUCCUGUUCACAAUAACAAGCAUUGGGUCUGGUACGAUGAUGCAACAGUUAAAGGAAAAAUCUGCCCUUUUAUCCUGUUACUGUCGGUCCCAUCUCGUCUGUUUAAUGUUACAUUUUACAUGUCUUUCUUUGCCCUCAAGUUGCUGAUUAACUUUAUGUCUUUAAACUUUCAGAAAAUCGGGGGUAAAAUAGUAGCUUUCAAUCAUUUUAUAUAAAACUCUUAAUCAUACCGCAUAAUCAAGACACAAGCUGCGUCUCAUGUCAAGCAACACUUCCUUCAAAGUUUUUAGUUUAAUGGUGCAUUCAGGGUCAGAAUGAUAAAAUCACAUAAACUGGACCGAUGAAGACGUGCCACUGCAGGGUGUAAAUAAUGAACGCUAGACAAGUGCUGUGUCUGCUAAUGCCAAUUCUGUACUACAUACAAAUACUAAAGAGUAUGUAUUACUAAGUGUCAUAGUAUUUAGUUUUUCAGUUGAUAUUCCGUGUAAUUUAUUGUUUUGUACUAGCGGGAUUUGAUGCAAUACA